AUGGACAUGGAGGUGAAUGUUGGAGUCCUGCUCUAUAGAAACAAGAGGAAGCCCGAGUCGAGAGACAUCCUCGACAGAAUAUACCAGGCGGAGGAACUUGAAGCGGAAAUAGCCGCAUUGAAGGAGAGUGUCAUGGCAGAGACGGCUGAUGAAGAUAUCAUCGGUCACACCUACUCCGCUACGGGCUACCGGCCGGAAUCACUGUCCAAGUCGCCCACAGGCUGUUCGCCAUACGGCUGCUGGUGCGUGAGACCAAAGGGCUUCACUUGCCUAGUUUUCUUCGGCCGAGGACUAAGUCUCAGCCUCAGCAACCGUAGCUACAUCUAG